AUUUUUAAUUUAUUUUAUCAACUUUUCUUCUGACGAUGCUGUCUGUGUUGAGAGCUCAGUGGAUCUGCGUUCGACUACUCCGCCUAGGCUGCACUGUCGAGCGCAGAUCCACUGAGCGCAGUGCAAGCUAGCAAGACAGAAGCUUAGCUCGUUGCAACAUGGCAAAUUGAACCUCCCCCACCCUCAUUCAGAUCUGGCCUUUGGAACUGUUUUGGUCUUCAUGUGACGUAUGACCCUGAAGACCAUUGUGUGUGUGUGUAUGAUCGUGUGUGUGUGUGAGAGAGAGUGAGAAACAGGGCGCGUGUUCGGGACUGUACCUUAAGUGACAAAAUUUCGGGGGCAAAGAAGGACCGAGUGGUGUGGACCUCCAUUGAUUUGGGAGCACCUUCCCCUGUCACACCUGCAACCAUGAAGGACUCAUACGACAUGUUCGAAAUGAACGGCGACAUGGACAAGAAGAAGAAGAAAAAGAUGAAGAAGAAGGAAAAACUGGAGGGGAUGAAAAAAGAAAUGGAUAUAGAUGACCAUGAAAUAACAAUUGAAGAGCUUGAAAUGAGGUACACCACCAGUGUCGAUAAAGGCUUGACCUCCUCAUUCGCCCGAGAGAUCUUGGAGAGAGAUGGUCUUAAUGAGCUGAAGCCUCCUAAAGGAACUCCUGAGUAUGUGAAGUUUGCCAGGCAGCUGGCUGGAGGCCUCCAGUGUCUCAUGUGGGUUGCCGCUGUUAUCUGCUUCAUCGCCUUUGGAAUUGAACUUGGAAGAGGGAACCUCACAAGCUUUGAUGAUCUGUACUUGGCCAUUGUCCUUAUUGCUGUUGUCGUGGUAACCGGUUGUUUUGGUUACUACCAAGAAUUCAAGAGUACCAACAUCAUUGCCAGCUUCAAAAACCUAGUUCCACAACAAGCCCUAGUAAUCCGUGAUGGUCAGAAGAACCAGAUCAAUGCCUACGAACUAGUGGUGGGGGAUCUGGUGGAGAUCAAAGGAGGAGACAGAGUCCCUGCUGAUAUUCGCAUCAUCACUAGUCAGGGCUGCAAGGUUGACAACUCGUCCUUGACUGGGGAGUCGGAACCACAAACCAGGAGCCCCGAAUGUACUCACGAGAAUCCCCUGGAGACCAGGAACAUUGCUUUCUUCUCCACAACCUGUCUGGAAGGUGUGGCCACUGGCGUGAUCAUUAACACAGGCGAUCGUACCAUCAUCGGUCGGAUUGCCAGCUUAGCAAGUGGUGUCGGAAACGAGAAGACGCCUAUCGCUAUCGAGAUUGAGCAUUUUGUGGACAUCAUUGCUGGUCUUGCGAUCUUUUUUGGGUUUACCUUCUUUGUGGUUGCCAUGUUUAUUGGAUAUGCCUUCCUGGAAGCCAUGAUCUUCUUCAUGGCUAUUGUGGUGGCUUAUGUGCCAGAAGGGCUACUUGCUACAGUAACCGUUUGUCUGUCUCUCACUGCUAAGCGACUUGCCAGGAAGAACUGUGUUGUGAAGAACCUGGAGGCCGUGGAGACAUUAGGUUCCACUUCAGUGAUCUGUUCGGAUAAGACGGGCACACUGACCCAGAACAGGAUGACUGUAGCUCACCUUUGGUUUGACAACCACAUUCACGCUGCUGAUACCACAGAAGAUCAGUCUGGUCAAAGUUUUGAUCAGUCAUCAGAGACAUGGCGUUCCCUGGCGAGAGUUGCAGCCCUCUGCAACAGAGCUAUAUUCAAACCGGACCAGGAAGGAAUACCCAUUCCUAAGCGGAUUGUGGUUGGAGAUGCAUCUGAGACCGCUCUGCUCAAGUUCACUGAGCUCACUGUAGGAAACACCAUGGACUACCGAAACCGCUUUAAGAAAAUUGUGGAAGUGCCUUUCAACUCUACCAACAAGUUUCAGCUGUCUAUCCAUGAACUAGAGGAUCCACUGGACCUGCGCUAUCUGCUGGUGAUGAAGGGAGCACCAGAACGUAUCUUGGAACGCUGCUCCACCAUUUUGGUAAAAGGCCAGGAGCUGCCGCUGGAUGAGCAGUGGAGCGAAUCUUUUCAGACGGCUUACAUGGACCUGGGAGGGCUGGGAGAAAGAGUACUGGGUUUCUGUCACCUUUAUCUAAAUGAGAAAGAGUUUCCUCGUGGCUAUCAAUUUGAAACGGAUGACAUGAAUUUCCCCACAUCUGGAUUGUGCUUUGCUGGCCUCAUCUCAAUGAUUGACCCACCAAGAGCCACUGUACCCGAUGCAGUGAUGAAAUGCCGUACUGCUGGUAUCAGGGUUAUCAUGGUAACUGGAGACCAUCCAAUUACUGCAAAGGCAAUAGCAGCUAAUGUUGGCAUCAUCUCAGAAGGCAGUGAAACAGUAGAAGAUAUUGCCCAGAGGAAGCGCAUACCUGUGGAACAAGUCAACAAGAGUGAAGCUCGUGCUUGUGUGAUCAGCGGUGGCCAGCUGAAAGACAUGAGCAGCGACGAAUUGGACGAGGCGCUGCGCAACCAUCCUGAGAUGGUGUUUGCAAGAACAUCCCCUCAGCAGAAACUGAUUAUUGUGGAGAGCUGUCAGCGUUUGGGCUCCAUUGUGGCUGUGACAGGUGAUGGCGUGAACGACUCUCCCGCUCUUAAGAAGGCCGAUAUUGGCGUCGCCAUGGGGAUCGCUGGCUCAGAUGCUGCGAAGAACGCAGCAGACAUGAUCUUACUGGACGACAACUUUGCUUCUAUUGUCACCGGAGUGGAGCAGGGCCGUCUUAUCUUUGACAACCUGAAGAAGUCUAUUGCCUACACGCUAACAAAAAACAUUCCUGAGCUGACUCCAUAUCUGGUCUACAUCACCGUCAGCGUGCCUCUUCCUCUCGGCUGCAUCACCAUCCUGUUCAUUGAACUGGCCACUGACAUUUUCCCCUCUGUUUCUCUGGCAUACGAGAGAGCAGAGAGUGACAUCAUGCACCUUAAACCUAGGAACCCCCGGCGCGAUCGCCUAGUGAACGAAGCCCUGGCUGUGUAUUCGUACUUCCAGAUAGGAGCCAUUCAGUCUUACGCAGGUUUUACUGAUUAUUUCACCGCAAUGGCUCAGGAGGGUUGGUUUCCACUCUUAUGCGUUGGCCUGCGGGGUCAGUGGGAAGACGUCAAACUUCAAGACUUACAAGACAGCUAUGGACAAGAAUGGACCUACAGUCAGAGGCUGUAUCAAGAAUAUACGUGCUACACCGUGUUUUUCGUCAGUAUAGAGAUUUGCCAGAUCGCAGAUGUGCUCAUCAGGAAAACACGACGUCUCUCUGCAUUCCAGCAAGGCUUCUUCAGGAACCGAGUCCUGGUGUCCGCCAUAGUCUUCCAGCUCUGCCUGGGUAAUCUGCUUUGCUACUGCCCUGGAAUGCCCAAUAUCUUCAACUUUAUGCCCAUCAGGGUUCAGUGGUGGUUUGUUCCAGUUCCAUUUGGUAUUUUAAUCUUUGUCUAUGAUGAGAUCAGGAAGUUGGGAGUGAGAAGACACCCAGGAAGUUGGUGGGAUCAGGAAUUAUACUACUGAGAUCAUAGAAGAAAUUUCAGCCUUUCAUCCAGUGACAUGCAUGAAAGCAUCCUUUAUUCACAGAACAUGACAAACCAGGAGAAUGUCACCCAAUUCAACACUUAUCUGCAUUUCACUGAGAUUUAUGUAUUUAAAGCCUUUAAUUUCAGAAAUUUAUGAAUUUUCAAAACUUCCUAAAUGCUUUUGACAAAAUAAAAAAGGGUUAAUCACUAUUUCAAAAAUUCACAGAUGUGUGUUUUUGCAAAUCUUUG